UGCCCAUUCCACCUUUCAAAAACUUCUAAAUCUCUCUCUCUCUCUCUCUCAUCCAGUUCUUGUUCUUGGGUUUUCCUUUGUUUUUGAUGGGAAAAGGAUGGGGUCUAACUCUGGAUAAUUCUGAUUCGGUUGGGUUAUUUUCUAAUAAGCCAGUUGGGUUUAGUUUGACUCCAAGGUUGAAUAACAAUAAAGGUAUUAUGUUUACUGGCACUGAGUUUCCGGUGAGUCUGAACCGCAGGGAGGAUCACACAGUUUCGCCGCCGGCCAAUGAGCCUCGGGUGGUUAUAGGUGAAGUGGAUUUCUUCUCCGACAACAAGAAAUCAAAUGAUAAUAUUGUUGUGAAGAAGGAAAAUUCACCCAGAGAAGCAGCUCUUAGGACUGAUUCCGAUGUAAAUCUGGCAGUGUUGCAAGUUGAGCUUGAAAGAAUGAAUGCUGAAAAUCAGAGGUUGAAAGGAAUGCUUUCUCAUGUCAGCGACAAUUAUAGUGCUCUACGCAUGCAUAUUGCGAGCUUAAUGCAACAACAAGAAGGUUCAAAGACAGAAAGCACGCAAGAACAUGGGACUGUAAGAGUAAAAUCAGAAGACAAGAAACAUGAGGUUAGAGGAUUAAUGGUGCCCAGACAGUUCAUGGAUUUAGGCCCUAGUGCCGUGGCCGAAACUAAUGAGCCAUCUCAAUCUUCAUCAGAAGAAAGAACACUUUCAGUGUCGCCUAAAAACAAUAUUGAUCUCCCAAGGAGUAAAAAUCUCAGUGAAGGUAAAGGGAUUGAUAGGGAACAAGAAAGCCCCGAAUCACAAGCUUGGGUUCCUAAUAAGUUUCCGAAAUUGAAUCCUUCAAAGCCUGUUGUUGAUCAGGCCAUGGAAGCUACAAUGAGGAAAGCCCGUGUCUCUGUUCGAGCUCGAUCCGAAGCUCCCAUGAUCACUGAUGGAUGCCAAUGGCGAAAAUAUGGACAGAAGAUGGCGAAAGGCAAUCCAUGCCCACGAGCAUAUUAUCGCUGCACCAUGGCUAUUAAUUGUCCGGUUCGAAAACAAGUUCAAAGGAGUGCUGAGGAUCGAGCAAUCCUAAUAACUACUUAUGAAGGCACCCAUAACCAUCCACUCCCUCCAGCUGCCAUGGCCAUGGCAUCAACCACAUCUGCAGCUGCAAAUAUGCUUCUUUCGGGUUCCAUGUCGAGUGCAGAUGGGAUUAUGAACCCUAAUAUCCUAGCAAGAGCGAUUCUUCCUUCGUCGUCGACCAUGGCAACCAUUUCAGCUUCAGCACCAUUUCCAACAGUGACUUUAGAUCUUACCACACAAACACCAAACCCUUUACAGUUCCAAAGACCCCAGACUCAAUUCCAAGUACCUCAAAACUUUUCUUCAGUGUCAACCCCACCAAUGGCACAAGUUUUUGGCCAAGCUCUUUAUAACCAAUCAAAAUUCUCAGGCCUCCAAUUCUCUCAUCAAGGCAUGGACUCAGCACAAUUCCGCCACCACCCCUCAUUUACUAACACUUUAACUGCCACCACAGCCGCUAUUGCUGCCGAUCCAAACUUCACUGCUGCCCUUGCUGCUGCCAUCACAUCCAUGAUCGGUGGCGCUCAGCUGAACAAUAAUAAUAGCGAUAUCAGAACCACCACCACCACCACCGCAGCCAACAACAAUAACAUCUUAACGACCAGCAACAAGACAAGUAGCUUUACAGGGAAUUAAUCGAAUUUUGAUCAGUCUUUUUCUUGUUGCCAUUCUUUUUAAUUAGUACAUGGUGUCAAUACAUUUCUUCUUUUUCUUUUUUCUUGCAAGUGAGUUUAAGUUUAUGGGUGUUUGUGUUUUAUGUCACUAUUUUAGGGCAGAGAGGGGCUAGUGCACAAAAAUUUUAUUCUUCCUUGUUAUUUACUGUACAAUAAUCUCAUGC